GGUCGAAGUACUUAUACCCGCAAUCAAAUAGUGUCCCGCGCAUCUCGAUGCUGCGAAGGUAGCCAAAAUAAGGACAAUGCUUAAGGGUAUAAAUUGGCGUGGCGUAAUAACGCCACAUCUCCGAACGCUACAGCCCACCACAGAAUAGCCUUCCGCAAAGGCUAUACGCGAAAGUGGACAAUUGAAACAUCUAACGAUCGGUACGCCACCAUUCUUCAUCCUUCUCUCCAUACCACUUCAUCGCUGGACACGGAUACGGGUCCUCAGCUUUCAGUGUCCAUGGAUACAAAGACAGACAUAUCCUCCAUUGGCGGCCAGACACGGCCAGUCACAAGAGGACGUGCACUCAUCCGCUGUGCUGUACGUCUGACCACAGGCGUUGGUAGUCUGGGCAAGCGUCAUGGUGAAAAUGAUGAAGGUAAGGACUCUGAAGGGGACGGAGAAUCGCAUUUUAGAAGGGGGGUGAGGUUGUAGAGGUUUGAUUGCAGACGCUUGAAUAGGGUCUGGGAUAAGUGGUUCUCAGUCUAUAUGGUGAUGAUGAUGGUCAGUUAUUUGCACGACACCCUUCUCCUCUUUAUAUCUUGCUACACCUACAUCCUCCCACUCUCCUCUCGACUAAGUAUCAUCCCACCCGAACUCAGUCUGCAUACUCGAGCGGCUAGAGACCAGCGCUGGGUGGCGAAAGAUACCAACACUGAUAUGCGGGUUCGCUUGGGCGAAUCCCGAAGUUUCUUUCAG